AUGGAAGGGUACAACACAUCAUCCACUGACUUUACUUUUAUGGGGCUCUUCAAUACAGAGGAAACCUCAAGCCUUGUAUUUGCCACCAUCUCUGUCAUCUUUCUUACUGCCCUGGUGACCAAUGGAAUCAUGAUCUUUCUGAUCCAUACGGACACUCACCUCCACACCACAAUGUACUUCCUCCUCAGUCACCUGUCCUUCAUCGACAUGAUGUACAUCUCAACCAUUGUGGCCAAGAUGCUGAUUGACUAUCUGCUAGGCCAAAGGACCAUUUCCUUUGUGGGAUGCACAGCUCAACACUUUCUCUACCUCACCCUUGUGGGAGCUGAGUUCUUUCUUCUGGGCCUCAUGGCUUAUGAUCACUAUGUGGCCAUCUGCAAUCCACUGAGGUACCCUGUCCUCAUGAGCCGCCGAAUCUGUUGGAUUAUCAUAGCAGGCUCCUGGUUUGGGGGAUCUUUGGAUGGCUUCCUCCUCACCCCAAUCACCAUGAGUUUUCUCUUCUGUGGUUCACAAGAGAUUAAUCAUUUCUUCUGUGAGGCACCUGCUGUGCUCAAGUUGGCAUGUGCAGACACAGCCCUCUAUGAGACAGUGAUGUACGUGUGCUGCGUGCUCAUGCUGCUGAUCCCCUUCUCUGUAGUUAUCUCGUCCUAUGCCUGGAUUUUAUUAUGGUGA